CCGGCAUUACUGAAGUUAUUUCAACGUUUCUAAAUAAUGGGCGAUUACGAUUCGGAUGAGGAGAAAUCUCAAGUGGAAAAGCUGCGGUACGCCAAAGUGCCGCGUGGCAUGUUUGUGAGUGGAUGGGAUGACGAUGCCGACGAACUGAUAGAAGAGGAUAAGAACCCGCAAGCCAGCAUUGAGCGAAUGAUUCUGUGGGCCGUCAAUGAGAACCGCAUGAGCGAGGUGCGUGAGAUAUUAAAACUGGAUGCGGAUACGGUAAAUGCGCGCGACAACGACGGCUACACGCCACUGCAUCGCGCCUGCUAUAACAAUUUUGUAGACAUUGCCAAAGUGCUGUUGCAACAUCACGCCAAUCCCAAUGCCCGCACUGAACUCGGCUGGACGCCAUUGCACUCGGCCUGUAAGUGGAAUAAUUCUGAUUGCGCGCAAUUAUUGCUGCAGUUCGGCGCCGAUGUUAAUGCGGAAUCGGACGGUCAACAAACACCACUGCACAUCACAGCCACUGUUUCAAAUUGUCGCAAUACGGCUACGGUACUGCUGUUGAAUCGCAAUAUUCAGGCGCAAACAUUAAAUAACUCGGAGGAAACAGCGGCGGUUAUUGCGCGCCGCACUGGCAUGAGUUAUCCCAUAUUUGAGAUUGGACAUGAGGCCUAUGAUUGUGAGACAGGGUUGAUCGACUGAUUGGAUGUGUAUGUAAAUAAAUAUUAGAUAAGUUUAUUAUGCAUACUCGUUUCUCCUAAAGAAUGUUUUUUUUAAAUAUUAGUGCAUGGAAAAGUAUUAGACAAAGUCGAAUUAAAGCUCUCUAGAGCCUUAGAAGUUAA